ACUCAGUAUUUGUUAAACGCUAAAAUUGAAACAUGCCGUUUACGUGUGAUAUUUCGGCGUCUCCCGUUAUGGAUCCCUCCACAAUAUUCAAUAAUAUAACAUCUUACAGUUUUCUUCGCUAUCUCCCCACCGAAGAGGCUGCACAAACGUUUUGCCAUCUUGUGGGGCUCGUGCCUCAUCCGGACCUAACUGGUUUCUUUCCGCCAUGUCCUAAGUGCGGAGGCACUAUGCGGAAGGAACCGGCUCCAUCUGACAGGUUCGGAUUCGUCUACCGCUGUGAAAAAGUACAGCAGAAAAAGAAGAUGAGGAGGCGGACUGGCGGCACCGUCUUCAGGGCCAUGUGCACUGGUUCCCUGUCUUGCACCCACAACACCUUUUUCGAAAGGACACAGCUGACAGCCCAAGAGGUAUGACAUUUGAAGUCGCUCGCGAAACGUGAUCGCAGAAUCGGCGGUUUCUUUUUCUCUGGGUCACGUUACGCUAUGCAUUUCUGU